AUGCAGGCGUCUGCGAUGUCUGGACGCAGUGCCUUCCUCGCUGGAAAGCCUCUGGUGCCUUUGGCCCAGGCCAAGUUCCAGAGGGGUGGCAGGAGAGUCCAUGUGGUUCUCUCCUCCGCAAAGGAGAUUAUCUUUGACAACGAGUCACGGAGGAAGAUGCAGAUCGGCAUCAACAAACUAGCAGAUGCAGUGGGAGUGACCCUCGGCCCCAGGGGGAGGAACGUGGUGUUGGAGCAGUCAUAUGGCAUGCCCCAGGUCAUCAACGAUGGAGUGUCCAUCGCUCGUGCCAUCGAGCUUGAGGACCCUAUCGAGAAUGCAGGGGCCCAGCUUAUCAAGGAGGUAGCUGGCCGGACAAACGAUGCAGCGGGUGACGGCACCACCACAGCCUCUGUGCUGGCGCGGGAGCUGAUCCACUAUGGGCUGCAGGCGGUGACGGCAGGCUCGAAUCCCAUAACGCUGAAGAAGGGCAUUGACAAGACGUGCGACUUCCUGGUGGCCAAGCUCAAGGAGGUGUCGCGCCCGGUCAAGGGUACCGAGGACAUCAAGAGCGUGGCGAGCAUUUCUGCCGGCAAUGACGUGGCGAUCGGGGCGCUGAUCGCGGACGCUCUGGAGAAGGUGGGAGCCGACGGCGUUCUCUCCAUCGAGACAGGGAACGGCCUUGAGACCACCGUGGAGGUGCAGGAGGGCAUGCAGGUCGAUCGCGGCUACGUCUCACCCCAGUUCAUCACCAACCAGGAGAAGAUGCUGGUGGAGUAUGAGAAUGCGCGCAUCCUGAUCACGGACCAGAAGCUGGAGACCAUCAAGGACGUGCUGCCCGUGCUGGAGCAGGUCACGCGCGUCAACCAGCCCCUCGUCAUCAUUGCCGAGGACGUCACCGGCGAGGCGCUGGCGACUCUGGUGGUGAACAAGCUGCGCGGCGUGCUCAACGCGGUCGCCAUUAAGGCGCCCGGCUUUGGCGAGCGGCGCAAGUCGCUGUUGCAGGACAUUGCCAUCGUGACCGGCGCUGAAUACGUUGCCAAGGACCUGGGCAUGAAGGUGGAGACCACCGGCAUCGAGUCCCUGGGCACUGCUCGCAAGAUCACAAUCGGCAACAACUGGUGCACGAUUGUGGCGGACGCGGCGAACAGGGAAGAGAUCGCUCUGCGCAUCGCCCAGAUUAAGAAAGAGCUCUCAGAGACAGACUCGGUGUAUGACACCGAGAAGCUGUCCGAGCGCAUCGCCAAGCUGGCGGGCGGCGUGGCUGUCAUCAAGGUGGGAGCUGCGACAGAGGUCGAGCUGGAGGACAGGCAGCUGCGGAUUGAGGACGCCAAGAACGCCACAUUCGCGGCGGUCGAGGAGGGCAUUGUGCCGGGGGGCGGCGCGGCUCUGCUGCAUCUCUCUGAGUUCCUGCCCAAGUUCAGGGACACCCUCACAGACGGCGAGGAGAAGCUGGGAUGUGACAUUGUGGGCAAGGCUUUGCGCGCGCCGGUGCGGCUGAUUGCUUCCAACGCUGGGGUGGAGGGUGACGUCAUCAUCGAGAAGCUGCUGGGGCAGCCCUUCGAGAUCGGCUACAACGCGAUGGAGGACCGGAUAGAGGACCUGAUGGUGGCGGGUGUGCUGGAUCCUGCCAAGGUGACUCGCAGCGGACUCCAAAACGCAUGCGGCAUUGCCGGAAUCAUGCUCACCACACAGGCGAUCAUGGUGGAGAAGAGGGACCCAGCCAGGGCGGCGGCCAUGGCCAACCCAGUGAACAACCCCGGCUUUGGCGCCAGCGGCAUGCCCGCCGGCCUCACCAUGUGAGCGUAGCUGCCGCGCAGCUACCACGCAGCUACCGCGCAGCUGCAAAUGCAACCCGUUAUCCCAGCAGAAGCAGCAUUGCACACUCCCCUUGUGGAAGACAGCCAGCCCCUCGCUAGCAUACUUCUUGGACGCUACAAUGCAACUCAAGCGGCAUGACAGCAUGUGCUUUUGAAGCAAUGAGGCGCAGCCGAGCUUUACAAGUAGCUUAGCAAGGCGGGGAGCUAAGCAGCUUGCCUAGACAGGCUGACGGGCAUGUGCGCCAGUGCCUGACCAGAGGCGAUGUGCCUUUCAAGAAAGGGUAUAGAGACGAGUCCUUCUGUUCAUCACGGGAACUCAAACAAGUCUUCUUGCUUUCCAUCGACAGACUACCAACCCUGUGUCUAGCACCCAUAUUUGCUCCAAACUUGCUGCGAAGCCAUUUAUGUGAAGCACAAGCAAUCUAAAAAUAGCAUGCAAUCCGAACUCGUGGCGGAUUGCUUUCUGCCUGAAGAUGAUCCCGCAAUUUAAAACGCUAAACCGGACUGAUCAAUAUUGCAAGGAUCCAAACGUAUGCUAACCGGUGGAGAUGUAACAUUUCUAGGAUAUA